CUUCAACAGGCCAAAUAGACGUACAGGGAUUUUUAGGCGUACGAUUCGUUAGAUAAUUUAGAGCAAAAUGGCACAAACCAAAGCUAUCGCAAAAUUUUGGAUCACAACCAGCGAUCUGCUCGAGCACGUGCUGACGCACGAAAAGCGGCUGCAAACGGUCGAACCUACGAAGGACGUGCGGGUAGUGCACCAGCUGGUAUCGGACCUGUACUGCCGUUAUGUGCAGCUGUGCCGAAACCUGGAACGGUGCUUCGAUCAAACGCUACAAGUGCAAAAGCGUGCGGUAAUCCAAACCCUGCUAGAAGCGGCCCACACCCGACUGCUGGAGUUCCGGACGAAGCUGCAGGAGAUCGAGCUGAGCGAGUUUGUGUACGUGGACGGGGCACUGCAGGAGCAACAUCUGAUUCCGGAUGAUGUGCUAGCCGUUAGACCUUGCUAUUUCCCUGCCCGUAGGCCAGCCCACCUACAAUCCCUGCUCGAUUCACAAAAGCUACUCCCAUUCGGACCCGCUUCCGGAAGCGACAGUGAACAAACUUCCUCAGACGAGAGCGAACAGGAAGCGGAAACGGUUCACCAGCCGCCAACCAUAAACCGGCCCGCCGUACAGCGAGACCGCAAAAGGGAGCGGCUUACGGCGGCUCUCGCCCUAAUAACUGCGCACGAAAAAGCACGCCAAGCACGGGUAAAGCAAACCAACUUCCGGCUUCACCCCGACCGCUACUAUCCGAAACCGAUCGACGAGGAGAUUGUGGAUGUGCCGUACGAGUUUUUCUACCGCCCGGGACAGCUAAUGCUGUACCCGGUGAAGCGAACGGUUUACAGCUGGGACUUUCGGAUGCGGAAGAAAGAUGUGGCCCAGUUUGCGUACUACGCGCCACCCGGUUGGGAGGAGCGGGCCCCGGUGGUGGACGUUCGGACGGCUGACCAGGAUCUGAAGAGCAAGCGGAGGGAAGAGGAAGAUAAAGCAGCCGAAUUGGCUGAAGCAGCGGCAGAAGCAGCAAAACGGUUGGAGGAAGCAAUAGAACGGAUGAGGCUGAAGCAUGCUACAGCAAAGGUACAGCGCUAUUGGCGUAGGUAUCAGGUCCGGAAGGCACAGCAGAAGCUCCGGUACGAAAGGUCUAAAUUUUUAGGCCUUUUCGAAGACUUGGAACGUACUGUUUCGGAUGCGCCCGCUGUCGAGGAGGUUCGCGCCGCACGACGAGACCGAAAGCCCGAGUUUGAUCGCACCUUUCUUGAGGCGAUCGUGGAUGAAAAGGCACGGAUACUGCGCAGCCGGGGACCGGCCCUGCUCGAAGACAUAACCGAUUUCGUGCGCGCUUGGUUUCGUCAGUGGUAUGAGGAAGCGCACGCAUUCGACGUCAUCCCGGAACCGUUCCGGGGUGGUACCGUGCUGAUCGUGCGUGGCGAAACGCUCACCCCGAUGGAGUAUCUCGAGCAGGAGCGACAGAAAAUGCUCGAAAAGCUCAAGUCGGCCGAGCAGAAGAAAAAGGAAGCGGAAGCAAAGAAGGCCGCCAAGGAACGGGAGCAGGAGAAGAAGCGGGAGGAGAAGAACCGGGCGAAGGAGGAGGCACGGGAGAAACGAGCGCGGGAAAGGCGGGAAGGCAAGACGUACGAUUUUCGUGAGCCGGAAUUUGUCAGCAAUGCUUAUUUAACGCUGGAGGAAACGCUCGAACGCUACCGUAAAGAUUGGGCAUUCAUAAACGAGCUGGACAACGUCCACGACCUACCCGUCAUGGAGUGGAUCACGCUGGAAAAGUUUGCCGAAGUACACCAGGAACUUCAUGCCGAAGUGCACGAGCUGCUCCGAUCCGAACGCGAACUGCUGCAGAUAGCGCUGUGCAAGGACGAAAAACUAAAAUACAAGCAACCGAAACCGAAGAAACCUCCUCGUGCGAAAGGAGCCAAAGGAAAGAGGCGCAAAGAACCGGCCGAUCCAACGGCCGACCUUACGUUGGAAGCGAUGGUCAGCGAGCUGGUAGAGCGAAACGUUAUCAAAUCCUGCCCCAAGCGAACGUUCGAUGACUUUGUGGGAGAUUUUAACUACGCCGCCUUCGAGAGACGCAACUACUUGGAGCAAGAUCCACCGCCGGGCAUGGGAGAGGUGAGAACCGCUCUUCGAUCGUACCUGCUCGGGAUGGGACCGCUGCUGGCACCGAAACCAAAGUCCAUCUGUCUGCUCGCACCGUCCGGGUACGGCAAAACGCUACUCCUCGAAGCGAUCUGCCACGAAACGGGCUCGGUGCUGUUCGAUCUGAGCGUCGACACGUGUGGACCGAUCGAGCCGAACAAUAUGGCGUACUUUUUGCAGCUGGUGCUACGAACGGCCCGCGUAAUGCAACCGUCCGUAAUCGCUGUUGAGGACGUGCACCGUGCGUUCUACAAGAAAGUCCCGGCCGCGGAUCAACCACUCGAUCCGACGAAACUGGGCAAACAUCUGUGCAAGCUGAUCGUGAAACAGCUGAAGCCGGAAGAUAGGGUACUGCUCGUCGGAACCACCAGCCAACCGGCGCUAGCGAAGGUAGGUCCGCUGAAGAAAUGUUUCGAAAAGUUUCUGCUUCUCCCCCGGCCCGACUACGGUUCAACCGUGCUGCUGUGGCAGUGUGCGCUUCGCCGCUACCCCACCGUACCACGCGACUUUGAGCUGUCCGCACUGGCAAAAGUGACGGUCGGAUACUCGGCGGGCCAGAUCAUGCGAUGCGUUAGGGAGGUGCUCACGGUUAGGCGGCGCAUGCAGUUCGGCAGGAAGCCGCUGGAGGCGCGGGAACUGUUGGACCACUUUCUAACCGGCACCGAGGCAGGCCCACAGUAUCCUAUCGGCGAGAAGGAGUACGAAAGGUUUGUGAAAUGGCACCGGAAGGUAGACAAGCUGGCGAAGCAACGGGCAAAGAUGGUACGCGAACGGGAGCUGCUGGCGGAACAGCUCAAAGCUAAGGCAGCUGGAGCGAAGAAGUAAUGACACCACGGAACCAAUUUUUGUU